AUGUUUACUCCUCCUGAUCCUGAAGGGGAUGCCAAGAAGCGUACGGAAUUGAUGAAGAGACUCGACUCUGUUUUUUCUAAAAUGAAAUUCGUCGAGAGAGACGGAAAGAAAUCAUGUAAAUUUGGAUCCGGACAUUAUUACGUGCAACGCAGCGACGGUAGUGAGAGUUACAUUGAUAGCGAAGGAUAUGGUGUUUGUGUCUCUCCCGAAGGACGUCCUCGUCGACAAAGACGUCCUGCGGAAAGGCAGGCGGACCUAAUGAAGAAAUUGGAACGUAAAAUGAAGAAGAACGAAACCAGGCAAUUGAAGUACGAAGUUCGAUGGAUGUUUGCUCAGAUGGCUAGAAAGACACUGUGCUUGGUUCGUGCCGGCGAGGAUUUUCCAAAACGACCAGAUGAGUUGAAAGCCGAGAAAGAGGCCAAGCACAAAGAAACAACUCUCCGUGAGAGUACUCAAGCGGCGGAGAAAGACGACCAACCUCUCACAGUUACCACGUCGUGCGAUCUUAGUCUACCAAUCACCGUCACAACCUUACAAGAGACUGUUGCUGGAAGUUUUUCGGAUGAAUUACCAUCUAUAUCCAUGCCAAUUUGUGGAGAUGCAGCUCCAAGAGGUAUUAAAAGAGGAGUCGAGGAAGUCAAUGGCUCGACCCCAUGCGAAAGUUUAUCUAAAAAAAUUGUUUCUUGA